AUGUCUGUUAGACCUUCCACCCAUGCCGGUUCAUGGUACUCAGGCUCUUCUUCUAAGCUUUCUCAACAGCUAGAUUCAUUUUUCAAGCAAGCAUCACCGUCGCGACCAAUUGGUGGAGCAAGGGUCCUCAUUGGCCCUCACGCAGGCUUUACUUACUCCGGUGCAAGGCUAGCAGAAACAUUUAAAAGUUGGGAUACGUCAAAAGUUAGAAGAGUAUUUAUUUUGGGUCCAUCACACCAUGUUUUCUUUAAAGGUAAGGCAUUAGUUUCGCCCUACGACUUUUAUGAAACGCCAAUUGGGAACCUACCAGUCGAUUCAGAGAUAAAUGAUGUGCUUACAGAAUCUUCACACUUCAAGUACAUGAGUGAGGAAGUGGAUGAGAACGAGCAUUCCUUCGAAAUGCAUGCACCAUUCAUAUACUAUGCUGCCAAAUCAUUACCCCAGGGAAUCCCAAAGAUAGUUCCCAUUAUGAUCUGUGGAACAGACGAGAGUCUAGAUAGUAAGAUUGUGAAGUCCUUGUUGCCAUAUCUUGAACAAGAAGAGAAUACUUUUAUUAUCAGCUCAGACUUUUGUCACUGGGGACUGAGGUUUGACUACACCAAGUAUAUGAGAAAUGCACCAUCGGCGAGCCAUAAACAGAUGUUAUCGAGUGCAGAUUUAAUUGACUUGUCAUCCUUGUCGUCCACUACAUUGGAGAGACCCAUUUAUAAAUCAAUUGAAGAUUUGGAUAAAGAAGCUAUGAGAAUUGCAACUUCUGGCUCUUACUUAGAUUGGAAGGAAUACAUUAAAGUCACUGGUAACACAAUUUGUGGACAAAAGCCAAUUGCGAUUAUUUUGAGGCUAUUGGAAAAAUAUAAAGAGGAAAGGACUGGAACUAUUGAAGGGUUCAAAUGGAUUGGUUAUUCACAAAGUGGCAGGGCCAAAAGUUAUCACGAUAGCAGUGUUAGCUAUGCGUCAGGAUAUAUCGCAUUAGUAUAG